CCACCAGCCAUAGUCAAUUGACCAUCCAGGAAGUCGCUUGGAGCUGUUCUCCUGUGUAUUGCAGCAUAUAACUUGCCAUGCCGCGUAAAGGAGGCAAACGCAGGAAAACCCGCACGCACGUGGUGGAAGCCCCGAGUGUGGAGAAAGAUGACACGCCCAUGAGCUUCGUCUUCAAGAUGGGCAAAGUACCUGGCGUCGUGAGCAGCCUCGUGCAGGAUAUGCGUCGCGUCAUGGCCCCGUACACUGCCGACAAUUUGCGUGAGAAGCGCAAGAACACGCUGAAGGACUUUGUGCACGUGGGUGCGCCUCUGGGUGUGACACACUUCAUCUUCUUCACCAACACGGAGGCUGGUACGAACCUCAAGAUCGCACGUAUCCCGCGUGGCCCGACCUUGUCGUUCAAAGUGACCAAGUACUCGCUCAUGAGGCAGAUGCAUCUAGUGGUAAAGCGCCCUGUAGAUGCGUCGCAGGCGCUCAAGUCGAAGCCUUUAGUAGUGCUCAACAACUUCACGGCUCCCGACGACCACAUCAAGCUGAUGAACGUGACAUUCCAGAACAUGUUCCCUGCUAUUGACGUCCAGACUGUAGCGCUAUCCGAGUGCAGACGUGUGGUGUUGUUUAACUACGAGAAGGAGACAGACACAGUCGAAUUCCGUCAGUACGUGAUCCGUGCGGCGCCGUUGGGCCUCUCCAAGCCUGUUAAGACCAUCGUGAAGGCCAAGGUUCCCAACCUCAACAAGCUGGAGGACAUCAGCGAGUACGUGCUCGGUAACGGCGCUGGUAUUGGCUCAGCUUCAGACAGUGAGGUGGACGAUGAAGCCUCGCACGUGACGCUGCCGGAUUCGUUCCGUGGACGUGGCAACCGCAAGGCAGAGAAGAGUGCUGUGCGACUGACGGAGAUCGGACCGCGUCUCACACUCAGCUUGACUAAGGUGGAGCGCGGCAUUUGCGAGGGUGAUGUGCUGUAUCACGCGUACAAGACCAAGACCCCCGAGGAGUCUGCCAAGGCCAAGGCAAAACACGAAGCCGCUCUGGCACUCAAGCGUCAACGCCGUGAAGAACAGGAGGCGAACGUCGCUAAGAAGCAGGAGGCUAAGGAAGCCAAGAAGCAGCGCAAGGCUGAACGUAAGCGCAAACGCGAGCAGGGCGAGGACGACGAGUAUGAUGAGACCACUGCGAAGUCUGGCGGCAAUGACGACGAUUCGGAACUGGACGACGUGGAGUAUUAUCGUCAGGAAGUUGGCGAGGAGCCCGACGCGUACAUGUUCCCGGACAAGAAGAAGGAACCGAAGAACAAGAAACACAAGGUCACUGAGACGAAGACUACUGCUGUCCAGAAGCCGUCGGAAGUGGCAGCUUCAGACAAGAAGAACCGCUUUAUUCGGCCUGGUGCUAAGGCCCCCAAGGGCCAAGUCAUUCGCCAGCGUCAACCCAAGAAGAAGUAGAGCGCUUCUACUCCAGCCGCUUCGAGCUUUCCUAAUAGAUUUUUUUCGCCAACUGCAAACA